UCUGCCCAUUGUGCCUGGCGCGCGAGGGGCUAGUGUAUCCAGACCUGGAGAGUCCCAGCGCGAACCGGGAGCAGAACGGAGGUGGAGGAGAUGGCUUCCCAGCCACCUCCUCCCCCGAAACCCUGGGAGACCCGCCGAAUUCCUGGGGCCGGGCCAGGACCAGGACCUGGGCCCACUUUCCAAUCUGCCGAUUUGGGUCCUACUUUAUUGACAAGACCUGGACAACCUACGCUUACCAGAGUGCCCCCACCUAUUCUUCCAAGGCCAUCACAGCAGACAGGAAGCAGCAAUGUGAAUACUUUCAGACCUGCUUACAGUUCAUUUUCUUCAGGAUAUGGUGCCUAUGGAAAUUCAUUUUAUGGAAGCUAUAGCCCUUAUAGUUAUGGAUAUAAUGGGUUGGGCUAUAACCGCCUUCGUGUAGAUGAUCUGCCACCUAGUAGAUUUGUUCAGCAAGCUGAAGAAAGCAGCAGAGGUGCAUUUCAGUCCAUUGAAAGUAUUGUGCAUGCAUUUGCCUCCGUCAGUAUGAUGAUGGAUGCUACCUUUUCAGCUGUGUAUAACAGUUUCAGGGCUGUAUUGGAUGUAGCAAAUCACUUUUCCCGAUUAAAAAUACAUUUCACAAAGGUUUUUUCAGCUUUUGCAUUAGUUAGGACUAUAAGGUAUCUUUACAGACGAUUGCAGUGGAUGAUAGGUUUAAGAAGAGGCUCUGAGAAUGAGGACCUAUGGGCAGAAAGUGAAGGAACUGUGGCUUGCCUUGGUGCUGAGGACAGAGCAGCUAACUCAGCAAAAUCUUGGCCAAUAUUCUUGUUCUUUGCUGUUAUCCUUGGUGGUCCUUACCUCAUCUGGAAACUGCUGUCUACUCAUAAUGAUGAAAUAACAGACAAUACAAACUGGGCAAGUGGUGAGGAUGACCAUGUAGUUGCUAGAGCAGAAUAUGAUUUUGCUGCUGUAUCUGAAGAAGAGAUUUCCUUCCGUGCUGGUGAUAUGCUAAACUUAGCUCUCAAAGAACAGCAACCCAAAGUACGUGGUUGGCUUCUGGCUAGUCUUGAUGGUCAAACAACAGGACUUAUACCUGCUAAUUAUGUCAAAAUUCUUGGUAAAAGAAGAGGUAGAAAAGCAGUGGAAUCCAGCAAAAUUUCCAAGCAGCAACAACCUUUUAACAACAUAACACUAACUAAAGGAGCCACGGCUGCUGAUUCUUUGGAUGAACAGGAAGCUGCCUUUGAAUCUGUUUUUGUUGAAACUAAUAAGGUUCCAGUUGCACUUGAUUCCACUGGGAAAGGUGGAGAUAAACAAGAUCUUUGAUAUCUUUCAUGUUUGCCUGCAGUUGAACUAUACUUUUUAAAAAUUACUUCUUACAAAGAAAUUAAUCUACAAUCCAAUGAACACAUUUGUUAAUGGCUAUUCCAGGUGUUUUGCUGCUAGAAAUUAUUAAAGUUGUACACUAGUGUGUUGGUCUGAUGACCUGGCUACAUUUUAGAAGUUAUUGGACCAUGAGGAUAUUUGUUUCACCUAGAUUUUAAGAUUAUGGAGACUGCUAUCAUUUUCAUCUUAUUUAAAAUCCUAUGUUUUAUUGAAAGUAAGAUUGAUGAACUAUAGAAUACAGUGUUUGCUAUAGUAGGGGUCUUAAAUGCUUUUUAAAGUUAGAACUUAAUUGAUUUGGAAUCCUCAGAAAUUGAGUGAUAUAUAGAUAUGAAAACAGGCAAAAGUCUACUUUUUUUUUUUUACAACUUUAAACUGAAUAAUAAAAUUUUCUGAUCUAUGUUAUAUCCAGUCUUGGGUUUGCUUUAGACAGUAAUAUGUUUUUACCUACCAACAAUUGGUACUGUUACCUUUUAUUGUAUUUUUAAAAAUUUAUCUUGAAAAGGUCACUUGAAGUAUUCUGAAGGAGAUGGUUCUAGAGUGAUAUUUAGCCCUUCUAGUUUUUCCUGCUAGUAAAGAGGCUGAAGUUUAUCUUUCUUACAGAUUAUUUCAGUUUCUUCUGAGAAUCAUAGAACUUUUUAUCCCUUUACAAUAUGACUAGUUUUCAUCCUGGGUAAAUCAGAAUAUGUGAAAGAUUUACUUUCUUUUUCUCCAGCCAAGACUCAAAUCCUUUGAGUUUGCAUAUAACAAUAUAAUCAGUUCUAGCAGUAAUGAUUUAAAAUCUUUUCAUGGAUUUUCUGCUUUUCCGUAGUGUAAUUACUUUUUAAAUUCCAUAGUCAGGCUGUUCUUUAAACCUUGAAAAUGUGUCACAUUGGAUACACAUUUCUUUUAGGUUUAGUUUUUACUACUGAGACUAUAAAUAAAAUGGUGAAUUGCCAUUUAGCAUAUAAUAAUACUAUAUGACUUGUUUUGUGUUUAAUAAUGACUUUAAAUGCAGUUAAAUUUCAGUACACUGAGUAUUUCCCCACAAAAUUGGAAAAUCCGUAUACUUGCUGUGAUCAUACUACAAAAUAAUAUUAGGAAUACAGGUAUACAAGAAUGCAUUUACAGAUACGGUUCAAAAUGUGGAAUUAUUUUAUAAAGAUUUUGAUUAUUUUCAUCUUUUUAUAGACUUUAUGUUAAUCAAAUAAAUAAUUCUAGAACAGUUCACACAAAAACAUAUAAGAACCAAAUACAUACUCAGCAUAGAAUUUUACUGAAGGCUUUUUGAGAACCUCUAGUUUGAAAGGACAGUAGAAGUAACAUAUAAUUUAAAAUAUAAAUAUUGACCCCAUGUACAAAAAAUUAUUUAAUAGUAAAAUUUCUUUAUCUUAGGCCUAUUUUUAACACCCAGAUAUUAUUUAGUCUUCAAAUUGAGAUAAAUUUUCUUGUAUAUUAUUUUACAUUUGUGUUCUACAGUUACAGAUUCUGCUUUUUUUGUUGUUGUUAGAGUAAUUUAUGGAAAUUUUGCCUUUGAAACAAUUUUCAAUAAAAUAGAUUAUUUAAUUUGAUGUUGAGACAUCUAAAUUGAUUGCUAGAAAUGAAGUGAGAGUGAAAUGUUGAGUCAGCACUAUUUGGUUAGAAAAGGUGAAUCUCUAGGAUAGAAUUUUGACUACUAUUAAAGGUGUCUAAGGAGAAGAGUAUAGCACAGAAUGAAAGACAAAAACAAUUUCACUUUUCUUUGUUUGGUUUUCACCUAAGUACACUAAAUUGCAGUAUCGUUAUCUGCAUCUGAUAACUAUUUGUGUCUGAAAAUUCCUUUUCUAUUAGAAUUCUGGAAAAGGAGAAAAGCAGAGAAAUUUUAUAGUCUUUUUUUAUCAUGACAGUUUUAGUAUAAUUUUUUGGAUGAGAUUAAAUGUAAUGUUCACAGCUCUAAUACUGUUUUUAGGAACUCAUUUAAGUACUACUUUACAGAAAUUACUAACUGAAACCAAACCAUUUUCAAUUAAAUAGAACAAUAAAUCACAAGUUACAAUAAGAAAAGUUUCAUGUACAUUUCUUUUCUGAUCGUAUUUUAUCAGUUUAGAAAGGAAAAGGUAACAGGAUUAUAAAUUUUUAUGUUUUAACAUUUAUUUGGAUACUUGAUUCAUUCUGUCAUUAUGUCAUAAUUAUACAUUUACUUGAACAGCUGUCCUUUAUCUUAUGCUUUCUUUAAUGGAAAAGGAACAGAAAUUGUUCUUCAGUUAAAAUUUCAUUUUUAAUAGGUUGUGAAGUUACUUUUACUGGACAAAUAAAAGUAUAUUAAACUUGGUUGACACUU